UGAAAUCUGACGGCAGAAUGUCUGGUUUCACGUGGAUUCAUAUUUCAUUAUUUUUGGUGACGCUGCUUUAUUUGACAGUAGAAGGAAAAGAUGUCUACGUCACUGUCAGAGAUGGAGAUCAAGCCAGUUUGCCUUGUGGAAAUAUGAUAAAUGAUCAGGAGAAAUGUGACAGUAUUACGUGGAUCUAUAGUGUUUCACAAAACUCAACAUCAGUAGAGCUGAUUACUCUUGGUCAGACUAGUGAAAAUGCAAAACUUAAAUCCGACAGAUUGAGUGUCACUACGAACUGUUCUCUGGUUAUAAAGAAGGUUACAUCUGAGGAUGUUGGACGUUACACCUGCAGACAGUUUGAUGAAUCAGGCCAACGACAAGGUCAAGAUGCACCGGUUUAUCUCUCUCUUAUUACUGUGAUUGGACAUAAGAGCUCCAAAACGGUGAUGCUGUCCUGCUUUGUGCAGACAUAUGGAGACUGUAGACACACGGUGAGAUGGCUGCAUCAGGAUAAUGAUGUGGGUAAAGAUCACAAGGACAUGAGGACAUCCCAGUCAGACUGCUCUGCUACAAUAUCCUUCAAGACCUCUUAUUAUGAGGAAAAACCUGGAUAUUUAGCAUCGUUCAAAUGUGAAGUGACAAACAAAAACGACGGCGAAGUUCAGCUUUGUAAUUUCACCCCUUUGUCAUCGUGCAGGAAAGCAGGCGUGAACCCAUCAAAAACUUCAGGAGAAUUAAAAACAACCACGUCACCCACAAUAACCUCAACGACACAAGAAGAUUGUUCAUUUCUGAACUAUGUCAUGUUGGUGAUGCGUGUCGUAGAACUCCUUCUAAUUACUGUGAUUACUGUUGUUAUCAUCAGAGCUCGAGGAAACAAGAGGCCACCUGAUGCCAUCAUUGUUUUAAACUCAGUAAAAAGCCCACCAGUGACCCGCUCUGGUCCGGAAGCCAAUCAGGUGCAAGAUGAGGUUACAGUGAACUAUGAAAAUCUGAGAAGCACUUUUGCUUCUGUUAAGCUCCACUAAUCAUCUGCCACCACAUCAGCUCACAGAAAGAGAAAAAAAAGAAGCCUCUUGUAACAGCUGUUUGUUAUGUGUUGAAAUUCUGGUUGUUUUUAAAUGUGUGGCUUUGCCUGAAUUUAUAAUCUCUUUGUGUACACAUCAAAUUAAAUACUCUUUAUUUGGCAUGA